CUUCCAAGCAACAUUCAGUACCCUUAAAAUGCCAUUCCAAACAGUUUCAUCAGCCCUAGUUCUAUCUCUGGUAGUUCUGGCCUCGUCCAGCUCAGCCACCAAGAACUCCACCUCGGACAUCUCGUCCCGAGCCGGAUUCGCCAACUCGUACCAGCGCUACUUUGUCUACAACGACGAUCCGGUGACCUUCUUCGAGGCUUGGCACAGGUGCCGAGCGCACGGACUCCGGCUGGCCUCGGUCCACUCGGCCCUGGAUAAUGUCAAACUGAUGGCGGCCCUGGCCCAGAAGGACAUCAACCAACGGGGACCGUGGUGGAUCGCCGGAACGGAUCUCGGCAGGACUGGGAACUUCGUGUGGAUCACCAGCAACAAGCGGAUUGACGGGCGGUCCGGUUAUACGAACUUUGCUGCUGGAGAAGAGAAAAGUGCUUGCGCCAAUGAGCAUUGCUUGGUGGCGGGAGAUGGAACGGGCGGAACGCAGUGGGAUAGUGUGAGCUGUGACAACCGGAAUGGUUACAUCUGCGAGCUGGACACGUGUAAUUGUUGAUAUUUUUUUGAAAUUUGUGUUUCUGAUGAAAUAAAUUUAAGCAAAAAGUUAAAAAAAAAUAACCAA